AUGAGCGCCGUCGGCCAUUUGUACACGCCACCAGCAUUGAUGUCCGGCGCUGGCCGGAACGCGUUGCCUCCGGGGGCGAGGCCGAGCACAUCGGGCUCACCUGCCGAAGACGGACAAUCUUCUCAAAGAAAAUCCCAGGAAGAGAAGAGGAUGCGGCGGCGGAGCAUGCACACGUUGGAUUCUGCCGAUUACCCCAACCCGCUAACCCCACAGUUGUUCAAGCGUCCGGGUGAAAUGGUCCGCGCCGACUCGUCCCCUGCAGCGAACGGCUACCAAAUGGAUCUCAACAGGUCGCUCCGUGUCAUGUCCCCUAUGGGCCCCAACACCGCGGCCACGAUGUCUGCCAGCACUGGCGAAAGCCCUGCUGCCAGGAGAUUGGCCGCAAUCAACAUGAAGUCUGGAAGCAAAACUUCCCGAUUGCGGCGCGCAUUCUCAUUUGGAAGUGCCGCUGAGUUCAAGAAAGUCGCCGGCGCGCCCGGGGAGGACGACAAAGAGCCUUCGAAACUCCACAAGGAACCGACUGCGAAUGAACUGUACGAUGCCGAGCAAGAACGAAUCGCCAAAAAGCAGGAGGAGGGCGGUCUGGGAUCCAGCAUCUACGGCGGACGGCAGACGACCGUUUCCAUGGUCACGGUUGAGGCGGAGCGAGACAGAGUAAACGUUAAUGCCGAUCCUCACACUCAACCCGGCGGUGGCACCGGGUUUCCUCGUCUGGAGCGAAAUUCCAUCGAUGCUGCUAGAGCGCCGAGCAUGAUCUCGGAGCGGCUGGGGAGUUCAGGGACUGACGGAUCGGCUGCUCGCAAGAGCAUCAUCGGCGGAGAUCGGGAGCGCGCGGAGGUUUUGGCGGCCGUUAGAAAAGGCAUUCUGAAAAGACGUAACGGCUCCCCUACUCGCGACCCUCAUGCUGUUGGUGGACUACCUGGCGUGCCCGGGAUCGCAGAUUCUCCUAAUUCAAGCGCUCCUAGCACUCCUAACGACGAGGCGAUGCACGGACACAGGCGCAGCGAGUCCAUCGCUAUCGGGAGCGAGGACUACUUUGUCAGCGCAUUAAGACUUCGGCAGGACAGCAAGAGUGGAGCUGGCACUCCGUCAAGCACAUCGAAACGAAACGCGACGUUCUCUCCUCGCAUUGUGUUUUACGACACGUGGCCCAGCCAAGAAUACGACCGCCGAGGCGAGAUCGCCACCUGCAACCGACUCACACCUAUGCUCGCACAGCAAAUCAAGGAGGAAUUGAAUUCUUUCAAGAUGGGCGGGCGACCUCCAACGCAUGUUCUAGCGACAUUCCAUUCUGAGGGCGUCUUCAGGAACAGCAUUGUCCGGUGUUAG